AUGGCAGUUUUGUCGUCUGUUAACGUCACCUUUUUCAGGGUCGGCUUUUUGUCAUUCUUAGCAUUUGCAUGUCUAAAAGACGUGAACAUCAUUCUGACGAAUCCAUCGAUUUUAAUGUUCACCCAGGCCUUGAAUCUUCCUGUUCUUACCAUGUCCUCCUAUAGUGCCCAAUUGGGGCUUUUUGCCGCUGUUUUCAGCUUGAUGGCUAUACAGGACCUCGUGCCGCUACUUGAGCAGAACACACAGUUCUUCGAAUCGGUUGUACCAAUUAGAUUGUUUUUCUUCUUUUUGCUUACCGCUUACGCAUACUGCCGUGCAGGAAACCUAUUCCUCCACAACAACGCCGUUAUCAUCUACGGUGGGUGCGAAGUUUGGAUCAAUUUUCUAAUUUUUAGUGCUGUUCGGGACGAAAAGAACGAGAGAUUUAAACUCUCCAACAGGGUGACCCUCGAAGACGAACCUGAGUUCCUGGAGCCAUUGACUGAGCUAGAAGCGUCAGAGAUGGCGGCACAGGUCGAGGAGUCCAAUUCUUCCGAAGAAGAAUAA